AUGAGCCUGCCCUGGGCCGAGCGCGCCCGCGAGCCGCCGCCCGGCCCCGAGCAGAGCGCCUGCGGCGGCCUCGCGCCGGGCUCCUGGCUCGGCGUCUGCUGCGCCGCCCGCCUGCCCGCCGCCGCCUCGCCGCGAUACCUGCUGCCCGCCGAGGACGACGAGGCGGCGGCGGCGGAGGGCGGCGCGGCGCGGGGCGGCGGGAGCAGCCCCGGCGGGGCGCGGGGAGGCGGGCGGCCGCGGGGCGGCGGCGGCGGCCCCGGGCUGCGGGCGCAGGUGAGCGGCGUGCAGAAGCAGCGGCGGCUGGCGGCCAACGCGCGGGAGCGGCGGCGGAUGCACGGGCUGAACCACGCCUUCGACCAGCUCCGCAAUGUCAUCCCCUCCUUCAACAACGACAAGAAGCUGUCCAAGUACGAGACGCUGCAGAUGGCGCAGAUCUACAUCAGCGCCCUGGCCGAGCUGCUGCACGGCCCCGCCGCCCCUUCCGACGGCUCCGGCAAGGCCGAGCACCGCGGGGCCCCCUUCGAGCCGCCCUGCGCCGCCGCCGGGGCCGGAGCUCCGCCGGGGCCGCCGGCGCCGCCGCCGGGGCCGCCCAGAGCGUCGCCCCCCGGGCACGGCCGGACUCGCUUCCCCCCGCCGCCGGCUGCGGGGGGCUAUUCGGUGCAGCUCGACCCUCUGCACUUCUCCUUUGCGGAGGGCGCCCUGAUGGGACAGAGAGCCCCUUCCCCCGCCCUCCUCCUGCCGCAGCCCGGGCAGCCGCCGCAGGAGAGGAGCAAGACGUCGCCCCGGUCCCACAGGAGCGACGGGGAGUUCUCGCCCCGCUCCCACUACAGCGAUUCGGAUGAGGCCAGCUAAGGCAGGGGCGUCGUCCCCGGCACCCCCGCAAGUCCGCCUCUCGAAGCACAGACUCUGCCGUGGGGUGAGCAGCCGGACGCGGUGCCGCCACGGACGGCAUCGGCUCCCUUCGGUCGCUUUGAAAUCCGCCCCCUCGUCUCCCACACCCGGCAGCCUCCGGUUUGUCCAGAGGGGAUGGCUGUUAGCGAGUGACUGUACCCGCCCUGUCUGUCAGGGUCGGUUGGUUUGUUUUAAUUUUUAGUUUACACUUCGAAAAUUUCUUUCGCCUAGAAGUCGUUGCCGUUCCCUCCUGCCAACACGCCACCUCGCAGCGCGGAGCCUGCCUCGCCCCGUCGGUGAGCAGGUGAUGCGCAGGGAGACAGCCUAGCCCCGCUCCCGCUGCCGGGGGUGCCGCCGGCGCCAUCCAUCCCCACCCAGCCGUGAACCCGCCCUGACACCCCCGUCUUCCAGGACACCGAUCCUGCCGUGGGUCGCAUUGCUGUGGAAACACAUACACACACACACACAGACACACAUACA